AGAACGCUUUCCUCUGCCUACUUUCUCUGCCUGCAUUGAUGAAACUCUGGUGCAUAAGAGCCGUAAAAUUUAAAUUGACCCAAGAUCUUGACAUAAGUAAAAGGACCUUAUGCAGGGCAGAAAUAGAAAACUAAACAAGUAUCAGUAUUUGAGUACAAGUACAAAUAUUUGAGUAAUUUUCCUUUUAGAACUAAGGCUGAAUCACUCGUCGAAUCAAUCAACACGGUAUAACGAUAAAUAAUAACCAAUCAAUUAAUUUAUGUGAAUUAAAAUGUCUAUAAUUUUUUCCUCUAUCAGAAAACUUUCAUCUAGUUUGCGACCAUCGAUUUUUCUGCCUUAUUCUAAAUCGUCUAAAAGCAUCUAUCUUUUGAAGUCAUUUUCUACCUCUGUAAGAAUGAAUAGCUCUCUGACGUUUCAACAGGCAUGCGACAAAGCAAAAACAUUGGAAAAAGAUCCCGGAAAUGAUGUGAAAUUAAAGAUGUACGCUUUAUUUAAGCAAGCAACCGAAGGACCCUGUUCUCAAACUAAGCCAUCUGUAUUUGAUAUGGUUGGCAAAGCAAAAUGGGAAGCAUGGAACACACUUGGCUCUUUAUCUCAGGAUGAAGCAAAAAGUCAAUAUGUAUCUCUAAUUAAUGGACUGUUUGAUCAAAAGCAACAAAGUGAACAAAGUGCUGAAAUACAGGAAUUGAAGUAUGAAGGAAUAAAACUAUCAGUCAGUGGUGACAUCACAGAAUUACGAUUUAAUCGCCCAGAAAAGAAAAAUGCCAUCACCACUAAAAUGUACAAAGACAUUGCGUUAGCUUUAAAAGAAGCAAGUGAAAAUGACACUGCUAUUACUAUUCUCACAGGUGAAGGUGAUUAUUACAGUAGUGGAAAUGAUUUAAGCAACUUUGCAUCUGUUGAUCAAGAUAUAUCUGCUGCUGCUAAAAAGGCAGGACAACUGCUAAAUGAAUUUGUUGGGGCCUUUAUCGAUUUUCCAAAGAUAUUGGUAGCAGCUGUGAAUGGGCCUGCGGUUGGCAUACCUGUUACUUUACUUGGAUUGUGUGAUGUUGUGUAUGCAUCUGAUAAGGCAACAUUUCAGACUCCGUUUUCUUUUCUUGGCCAGUCACCAGAAGCUUGUGCGACUUAUACAUUUCCUAAAAUUAUGGGUUAUUCAAAGGCAAAUGAAGUUCUCCUAUUUAAUAAAAAAUUUGAUGCUGUUGAAGCUAAGUCAAUGGGAUUAGUUUCAGAAAUAUUUCCAAAUGACACCUUCCAUGAAGAUGUUAAAAGAAAAUUAGAAUUUUUGUCUCAAGCAUCAAAACAAUCAAUGAUCCUAUCCAAGGAACUUAUUAGAAAAUUUGAAAAAGAUACUCUGCAUACAGUAAAUGAUGAAGAAUGUAAGUUACUUGUUGAGCGAUGGCAAUCACAAGACUGUAUGGAGGCCUUAAUGAGAUUCUUCACACGAAAAUCAAAGUUGUAGUUCUUAAAAUAUUCAUAAAUUAUAAUUUUUUUUGUUACGAUUGGUAUAAGUAUUAUUACACAUAUUUUAAUGUUUACAUUAUUGUAUGAUAUUGCUCUUGAAAUUUCUUGUUUGGAUUUAAGUGAUUUUAUUGUGUAUUUUAAAUAAAUUAUUUUUAUAAGGA